ACGUGGUCUCGCGGCGGAGCGAUGGCGGCGUGGCUAGCGCGCUUUCUGCUGCUGCUGCUCAGGCUCGCGGCGCACGGGCCCGCGCCGGCCGGAGCCGCAAAGAUGAAGGUGGUGGAGGAGCCAAACACGUUCGGGCUGAACAACCCGUUCUUGCCCCAGACCAGCCGACUCCAGCCCAAGAGGGAACCUUCGCCCCUGUCGGGGCCUGCUCACCUCUUCAGGCUCGCUGGCAAGUGUUUCAGCCUAGUGGAGUCUACGUACAAGUAUGAGUUCUGCCCGUUCCAUAAUGUGACUCAGCAUGAGCAGACCUUCCGCUGGAAUGCCUACAGUGGGAUACUAGGCAUCUGGCAUGAGUGGGAGAUCAGCAACAACACCUUCACCGGCAUGUGGAUGAGUGAUGGAGACUCUUGCCGCAGCAGGAGCCGACAGAGCAAGGUGGAGCUCACCUGUGGAAAGAGCAACCGGCUGGCCCACGUGUCCGAGCCAAGCACCUGUGUCUAUGCGCUGACCUUUGAGACGCCCUUGGUCUGCCACCCCCACUCUUUGUUAGUGUACCCGACCCUGCCCGAGGCCCUGCAGCGGCGCUGGGACCAGAUGGAACAGGACCUGGCUGAUGAGCUCAUCACCUCCCAGGGCUAUGAGAAGUUGCUGAGGGCACUGUUUGAAGAUGCUGGCUAUGUGAAGGCGCAGGGAGAAAACCAGCCCAUUCCAGAGGGAGGGCUGAAGACUGUGGGGCUGGAGAACCUGGAGAAAUGCAGAAAGGCCCACUCAGAACUAGCUGAGGAGAUUCAGAGGCUCACCUCCCUGCUCAGCCAGCAUGGCAUCCCGUACUCGAAGCCCACAGAAACCUCUCAUUUUGAGCAGCACCUGGGCCAAGGGCUUCCUACCCAUGGAACCCCAGAGCAACUGAGAGGUGAUCCUGGGCUGCGUGAGAACAUCCUGUGACAGAGCAGCUACGAGUGCUGGGAGAUGAGCACCGCUGGCCGCCCACUACUGCGCUGCAUGCGGAAACCAUGCCUCUCCGGCUUCCUGACCAGGCAGGGCUGUCACUUGCAUGAGCAUAACAAAACAGACCACACGGCAGAGAGUCAGAGACUUAAUUUUAUCCCAUACUGGUAAAAAUAAUUCCAUGAAUUCUGUAAACCAUUGCAUAAAUGCUAUAGUGUAAAAAAUUUAAACAAAUGUUAACAGUUGACUACAAGUAAAUGAUUAUGCAGUAUAAACACGACCUUAUAGGUUAGGAGGCUCUUGACAGAGAGAGGAACACCUAAGAAUGCAGAACACAGGCUUCUGUACUCUGUCCACAGGAAGUGCCCUCACUGGAGGAAGGCCUGCCGACCACAGCUACAGGACACUUGCCACCCUCUAACUUUAAUAUUAGUACUAUAGACAACGGGCAACGGAAACAAGGGUGGGGCUAACACAGCCUCAGCUCCUAAACCCAGGCCCGAAGUCCACUGUCCACAUUACAGGCUGUAGGUCUCCUCCCCUCAGCCCCUUUGCCUAGGAAUGCUCUAGAACCCACACAAGGUGGGGAGGACCGGAGCCAUGCCUGCAGGCAGUUCCCUGCUCUUCCACCAUCCUGGACCUGGAGGAGCAGACUGGCAAGCAUCCACUGGCCACAGUGGGCACCGCUCUGAGCUGUCACCACCCUGGGUUGUGACUCGCUCCAGAGUGCCAGCCACUCCACACAGGAACUGGCCAGCAGGCUGGAGCCUAGUUGCUCUUCACGAUACCAAUAAUAAACUAGAUACCAAUAACAAACACUGUCCUGUUGUCCCAGGAAAGACCAGAGGCCCCUAUGGGAAACAGGUGCAUAAAUAUCAAUAAAAAUAAUCUUAAAACAUUGAUUAAUAGCACAAAAAUACAUGAUUGCUAGGUACUGAACUAAUAAGUCAUUCACUAUGUAAUUAAGAACAAAAUAAAACCAAGUCAAUAGUUGCCUUUAGUAGCAGACUAGCUGUGGAAUGUCAUGGAUUCACAUCCUUUAAAAUGAUAGAAUUCUCUAUCAGUGUGUCUUAUAUUAAAAAUGCUUUUAAAUCUCCUAUAUUAAAUACA